AAACCAAGCCAUGUUGCCGGUUCAGUAUGACACACUUGCAUGGGAAUCCUACCAUUCUUGGUCCCGGGCCGAUCCCUGGGCACAGAUAGAUAUGUCUCAGGCUAGGGCGCUGUCAACCUUCACCCCGGUUUCAGCCCAGUGUGGGGAGGCACAGGUGGUGGUCGCUGUGAAGAGGGACCUCUUUGGGACCGGGAGGCUCAUCCAAGCGGCAGAUCUGAGCUUGGGGUCUUCCGGCUGCAAACACACCUCCCUCGACGCUGCCAAAGACGCGGUCGUCUUUGACGUGGGUCUCCACGAAUGUGGCAGCACCUUGCAGAUGACUCCAGACUCCCUGGUCUACAAUAUCAUCCUGCACUACAAACCCACCCCGGCCAGCAACGCAGUGGUGAUAAGAACCAGCCCGGUUGAAGUCCCUAUUGAGUGCCACUAUCCAAGGAAGAGCAACGUCAGCAGCAAAGCUAUCCAGCCAACCUGGAUCCCCUUCAGCUCGACGCUUUCUGCCGAACAGAAGCUGAGCUUCACCUUGCGGUUGAUGAACGAUGACUGGAGCUCUGAGAGAACUUCCAACGCGUACCAGUUGGGGGACGUCAUGAACAUCCAAGCGAACGUGAACGGGGAAAACCACGUAGCUCUGAGACUUUUUGUGGACAGUUGCGUGGCCACCCUGACCCCGCAGAGAGAUUCCAGCCCCCAGUACGCUAUCAUUGACUACAACGGCUGCCUCGUUGACGGGAGGUCAGAUGCCAGCUCAGUUUUCUUAUCCCCGAGGGUCACGGAAGACUCGCUCCGUUUCACAGUUGACGUGUUCAGGUUUACUGCAGACCCUCGAGACUUGAUCUACUUAACUUGUCACUUGAAAGUGACCGCUGUUGACCAACUUCCCGAUCCUGCGAAGAAAGCGUGCUCUUUCCACAAAGCAAGCAACGUGUGGGUCCCUGUGGAAGGGACAAGGGACAUUUGUAACUGCUGUGAAAACAGGAACUGUGGACCGACUCGUGGCCAGCCGGGAAGAGUCAAUCCCUGGGGCAGUUGGGCUUCCGGAAGGCGAGUUGGCAGAGAUGUCGCGGCCAAACAGGACACGCAGAAGAAAGAAGUGGAGAGCGAUGUCACAGUAGGCCCCGUCUUCAUUGUGGAUGCAUACAUGGCUUCAAAAAGAUCGCUAGGCCACCAAAGUCAAGCAUUGGAGGUACCUGCAGAGCACGGGGACUUUUCCACUACUGCGCUGCUGGUGGGGCUGGCGUUGAUGUCCGUUGCUAUGGUCCUGGCUCUGGCUCUCACAGUUGUCCUCUUGGCCAAGAAGCAUUCAGAACACAAUAUCUCAACACUGUAAUAUUUUGAUGUGAAAAAAAAUAAACUACA